CUGGAAGCCAUUGUUACCAGAUUGAAAACUGUUACGCAGUGUUCAAAUCAAAGAGAUUCUCCUGCUCGGCUGAUAGGCCUCAGCCUCAGCCUGUGCUGGAUGGUUUUAAUGAACAAACCGGCAUCUCAGGCAAUUACUACCUAUUCGCCAUUCAAGCCUGUUAUAGUGUUUGUAGCUCCUAGAAGACAGACCCGAUUGACAGCUAUGUCUUUCAUUUCUCAUUUGGUCUCGCAAGGUAACCCUAAGCAAUGGUUUCACAUGGAAGAACACGAGCUGGAAAUGCAUUUGAUGACAAUCAACAUGAUAACCUGA